CUGUCACCAGUGCGUUAAGGGCCGGAGAGGGGCCCUUCCCCGGAGGCCGCCGGUUUCUCCGCACCACCGCUGUGCUCCUCGCCCCGAACCACGCCCGGAGUUCCGGCAGGAAGCUAUGGGGUGGGGAAAGAAGAGGCAACCUAAGAGUUAUUACCGUUAACAGCGAAGGCAACGACUAACUUCGACGACACAGAUUGCGUCUUCUUUCGCUUCCGCCCCGUCAACCGGAAAUCCUACUGCCCCGGGUCACGUGAUCGUCCGCCAUAUUGACUCUAGUGGCAGCUGUCUCCGGGAAGGGGGUGUGCUAGGGUGGCAGUACUCCUCUGGGCAUAGUUUUCAUCGUAGGAGAAGGGUCCUUGGAGAAUAAGGGGAGGUAGAGGAGAUGGCGGCUUUGGUGCGGGAAGAUGGCGUCCGAGGCCCAGAGCAAGGGCGGCGGGGCUGCGAGCAUUAUGACAGAGGAUGUCUCCUGAAGGCACCUUGCUGUGACAAGUUGUAUACUUGCCGGUUAUGUCAUGAUAACAAGGAAGAUCAUCAGCUAGAUCGCUUUAAAGUAAAGGAAGUGCAGUGCAUAAACUGUGAAAAAAUUCAACAUGCCCAACAGACUUGUGAAGAAUGUAGCACAUUGUUUGGAGAAUAUUAUUGCAAUAUAUGUCAUCUGUUUGACAAAGACAAGAAGCAGUAUCAUUGUGAAAACUGUGGAAUUUGUAGGAUUGGUCCAAAGGAAGAUUUUUUCCACUGUUUGAAAUGUAACUUAUGCCUAGCUAUGAAUCUCCAAGGAAAGCACAAGUGUAUUGAAAAUGUUUCCCGGCAGAACUGUCCAAUAUGUUUGGAGGACAUUCACACAUCUCGUGUUGUUGCUCAUGUCUUGCCAUGUGGACAUCUUUUACAUAGAACGUGUUAUGAAGAAAUGUUGAAAGAAGGUUACAGAUGCCCAUUAUGUAUGCACUCUGCUAUAGAUAUGACUAGGUACUGGAGACAGCUGGAUGAUGAGGUAGCGCAGACUCCUAUGCCAUCAGAAUAUCAGAACAUGACUGUAGAUAUUCUCUGUAAUGAUUGCAAUGGAAGAUCUACAGUCCAGUUCCAUAUAUUAGGCAUGAAGUGUAAUAUUUGUGAAUCCUACAAUACUGCUCAAGCUGGAGGUUGUAGAAUUUCACUGGAUCAGCAGUGACCAGCCUGUACUGCACUGGAAAGCUCAGCAUUUUCCAAUAGAAAAAGGCUAUAUUUAGUAUCCUGUUGUCAUCAUGUGUCCAAAUCUAUGCAUUAGAGUUGAUGUGUUUUGUACUAGUGUCACAGCAUAAAGUCAUAUUACAAACACUUAAUGAUUCAGGGUCUCUUUAUAUGUCAUAACUCUAUAUUUAAUGAAAGCCACUGCACUUGUGUUUUGAUUGAAAAUUCCUUUAGUGUCAGUUAUUUGGAAGCCAAUGAUGUUGCCACUGAAAUUCACAUCCAUAGAAAUAUGUUAUACUUUCAUGUAGCUUUGCUUUAAGUGGCACUGUGCAUGCGGAAUUCAUUUCUAGUUUGACAGAACUGUACUUAUUUCUCAGUAUUAUUCCUGACUUUUUAAGGGCUGUUACUAUAAUAAGAAUAUGUUCUAUCUUACUGUUAAAGUCUAAUUACAUAUGCUUUAGAAUUUUCUAAGACAGUCCUUUAGA